UGCGGGCACCGAAAACCGGAAGUAACGGAACAAACUUCCUGUUAGUAACCCUCAAGCUUAUCUCGAGCUGGUUACGUAGCAUUUACCAUUUAAUUGAAACAUUUCAAUUUACAUUACGCGUAAACAUGAUUAAAGCGAUAUUAAUAUUUAACAACCAUGGAAAGCCACGGCUCAUCAGAUUUUAUCAAUAUUUCGCAGAGGACAUGCAGCAACAGAUCAUCCGUGAGACGUUUCAUUUGGUGUCAAAGCGGGAUGACAAUGUUUGUAACUUCUUGGAAGGAGGAAGUCUUAUCGGCGGCUCCGACUACAAGCUAAUCUACCGCCAUUACGCCACACUCUACUUUGUCUUCUGCGUGGACUCCUCUGAGAGCGAGCUUGGCAUUUUGGACCUCAUCCAGGUGUUUGUGGAAACGCUGGAUAAAUGCUUUGAGAACGUCUGUGAACUGGACCUCAUAUUCCACAUGGACAAGGUCCACUACAUCCUCCAGGAGGUGGUAAUGGGCGGCAUGGUGUUGGAGACAAACAUGAAUGAGAUCGUGGCUCAAGUGGAGCUGCAAAACCGCAUGGAAAAGUCGGAGGGAGGUCUGUCCGCGGCACCCGCUCGCGCCGUCUCCGCCGUGAAAAACAUGAACCUGCCGGAGAUCCCGCGCAACAUCAACAUCGGAGACAUCAACAUCAAAGUGCCCAGCCUCUCCCCGUUCUAAAUACGGCUCGACAGGGGGCGGGCGGGGAUCCAGUGCCCCUUCCUGACUCUUAUGCGGUAAACUUGAACUCUCCUGACCACGGCGGCGUUCACGGCCGCUCACCCUGGCCGCUCUCGUGUACGCUGGAUAGAAGCUGUGAGUCGUUUGAGUGUUGUUGUUUUUUUUCCGUUCUUGUAUCCUAGCUCAAUUUGCACAAUAUUGUCAACAUGUGUUCUGUGUAGCAGUGGUCAGUAACCUACGGCAAGUAAACAGCAUGUACCGCAGCAGUGCCAUCUAGUGGCAAGGAAUGGAAUUACACUUCAGUCGCAACUACAAAUCUGAAAUUUCCCAAAUUUUCUGUUGUGAUAGAACCCAAUUCAUUCAAACUAGUGUCGGACGCUGAAUUAAUUUCAGAUUUUCGGGAGCGGGGCUACUGCUCAGUGAGUUCAAGUGUUCGUGCUGUUCUUUUCCAUAAAUUCACGUGGCCCCUGAUGAGUUGCCAUAAAGCAUCAGGUGAAUGUGAAUAGUCAUGCAUGUUCAAUAUUUUAUGACUUGGCUGACAAGCAUAUUUUCCCUCUUCAACUCCACGCUCAUCACUGGUCUUGAUUUUGAGAUUUCCCAAACUCUCCCCCAGUAACUUGAUCCCCUUGGCUCCCGUAUAGCCUGGAAUGAAUCUUCUUCCAUCCUGGCGUCCUAACGUCUGCCUGUCCUCGGCGAACUGUCGUCACAAUCCGUUACUCCCGCUCUUUCGCACUAAUAUUAAGCUGGCCGACAUGUGCGCGGGUGGGUUUGGGAGUCACGUGAUCGCCCCCGUCCUCCUAAGCGGUAAAGCAGCAAAGAUGCACUAAAGUUUUUUUUUACAAUUUAAUUUUUUUUACAGGCACAUUUUAGUUUGUGAAGUUCACGGCGGGCCACACAAAGGCUGAAUACACACACCCACCCUGAUGUUUUUUGUUACCUUCCUACCGCCAAGGUCCAAAAGCUACAUCCACGCAUACCAUGUUCAUCACAAGAAGACCCACAAAAAAGAUUCAAAGAAAGUUGACGUCUUAAAAAAACAUUUGCGCCCCCUCACAAGACUGAAUUCCCCCGUUUUUGUUUUUUUUAUUCAGCCCCCAAAGCCAAUUUCACUAAGGCCCGUGAAAAUUUGUAGUCAGUAGUAAUAUUGUGAAUAAAGCCAACAAAAUGUUUCAAAAAUUGUUGGUAAAGACACAAAAUUUGACAUUUUGGUCUAAAUCCGUGCGGCCAUCAACCAACAUUUUACACGCAAUAAUGUGUCAUGUACAUUCCUGCAAAGACAGAAAGUCUGCCGUUUUUCAUUUCAGCCAUGAGCUUGUGAUCCUUGUUUAUGGGUCCACUCAUCAAAGACAUGCCUACCAUAUCAUGUUGUUAAGGUCAAGCUAGCUUCAGGAUUUUUCAAAGGUCAGACUGUCAUUUAUGCGGUUUCAGGAGCGAGCUCUUUUCCGUGGAUCUACUUUUGACGGCAGUCCUCCCAAAUUUCACGUUGCGUUCUUAAAACUGUUUUUUGUAUUUAAUGCAGUCGCUGUGUUUGAAUGUAUUUGUCUCUUAUUUACUGUAUUUCAUUGUCCAGAUGUUGAUUGUACAUGAAUAAAAACUGCUGCCAGCCACAAA